AUGCCAUCACCAGCACUGGCCACAUCGCACGCAUCAAUACUCGUGUCCUCCUCUGCCCUCAGCCCAACCGCCUCGUCUCAUCUGCCACCGUCAACCUCACUCCAUACACGUAUAUACUCUCUUUUUCGACCACCAGCGCCGUCUCCGCCCUCACAUUACCCUCGCUCGGCCGUUCUGCACACAUUCCAAAACCCUAACCGACCCAAAUUAAAUCCCCCUAAACUCUCCAUCCCAAAUUCGUCCCUACGCAUUGCCGCCGCCGCGAUUUCCCUCUUAGGUUUCCAUCUCAAGUUCAGACCCACCGUCGCCGCUUCAAUGUCGUCGCCGGAGGGAUUUUUGAGCUGCGAACUUACCGUAGUGAAAGACGGCGGGGCCGCCAGAACUGGUGUCUGCGUGCAGCGUAGCAGAUGUAUGUGGGUGGCAGAGAUGGCGGCUGUGGAAGUCGGGGCCGGAGUUGGUGCGAGAUCGAGCCUCUUCAACCCUUGCACCAGGCUGCUGAGUUUCUCCUCGAGCCAAUCUAGGCAAAUAGUGAGUGCCAAAGUGACCUCAACUUUCGAAUUUGUGAGUGCUAACGCGACUUCGACUUGGCGUGAGGUCAUCCCAGCUACAUGA